AGGCGUCCGUGCCAUGUUGACGAAGCCCACCAUCAGCCAUGACACCCGGAACUCCCGCAUCAGUGCCAAAGGUCAGUUACGGCGUUUGUCAACGGGCGCCAAGAAACAAACCGAUUUCGUUUAUGGAUUUGUGGACCCUGAAGUGGUGCUGUGUCACCAGCGCACGGUGACCACAGCGACGACGGUGACGCUCAGAGUUGAGGCCGCGAAUGGUGCCCAUCCAUCACCUGUACGGAUCAAAUAUCGCACCAGAAAUGGCAUGGCCAAGGCUGGCGAAAGGUACCAUCAGAAAUCGGGCGUGCUGCAUUUUCUGCCAGAUGAUGACAAGCAAGACCUCAUGAUUGGCUUACUGGACCUUCAUGGACCUCCAGAAGAAUUCUAUGUGGAGCUCACUGAGAUCCAAGCCGAAGGGGUCGAGGGCAAGAAGAAUCCUCCGCUUUUGGGCGCCACGACUUGCUGCACCUGGGACCCGAAGUUUGUCGAACGCCUCGAAAGCCUCGAAAGCCUGUUGAAACGUGAGGGGACUGCAAUUCAGGCAUCUUGGCGAACGCAUGUCAUUGGGCACGUCUUGAUCUUAGACGGGAGUUACGAGAGGUUCGUUUCCUGGCAAAGUGGUGCAACAGGUCCAUUUUUGAACCACAUCCAUAUGGACCAAUCCCGACACGAUGCCUGGCCAGACGUGAACGAUGAGUUCAAAACGACGCUGGUGAUGGACGGAGGCCCAAUGCGGCAAGGGCCUGUAGCGAAGUGGGACAGCGAAGCCGAAGCUCCCAUGUCCUCCCAGGCCAUAUCCAAAGUGCGCUCUGAGAAGUCGAUUAGAUCCGACGCCAAGACGGAUGCACGCUCGGAAGCGCGCUCGGACGCCAAAUCCGAAGCCUUCGAAGGCGACGAAGAUUUUAGCUGUGAGCAUUGGAGGGACAAGGUCAUUGAAGCCUUCUAUUGCAAUGGAAGUCCAGAGGAGCAAGCGGAAGCUACAGCCUUUGAUUGGCUGAUGCACUGCCUAGCGCUCACCUGGAAAAUCAUCUUCCUCAUCGUUCCACCUCCAUCUUUAUUGUCAGCUUAUCCUUCCUUCUUCUGCUCCCUCUUCGGAAUCGGCUUGGUCACCGUGGUGAUCAACGACGCAGCCAGCCUCCUGGGCUGUUCAGUGGGACUGGCAGAUGACUUGACGGCCAUUACGUUGGUGGCGCUGGGAACCAGUCUACCUGACACUUUGGCCUCCCGAACUGCCGCCAUGGCAGAUGAUACUGCGGACAAUUCCAUUGGCAACAUCACUGGAAGCAAUACUGUGAAUGUCCUGCUGGGAAUGGGAAUCAGCUGGACCUUAGGCUCCAUCUAUUGGGCCACUCAGGGGGUCACGGACGAGUGGAGAAACUACCAGACUGCACAAGGGAGCUAUGAGCAGUCGGAGCCUUUGUGUUCUGUCCGUUUCGCAAGGCAACUUCCGCAGGGGAUACCAUCUGGUUAUUUAACAUUAGCCAUGGAAAAUCCCAUAAAUGGAGGUUUUAAUGGGAAAAUCAUCUAUAAAUGGGCCAUUUUCCAUGGCUAUGUUAAAUAA